AUGAUACUAACUUAUUAUCUCAUUGUAGGUCUUGACAUAAGCUCAAAUGAGCCACAACUUAGACUGAGGUUGACAGAUAGUGUUGACCCAUCAAAUGUAUUAGAACAGCUACCAAACUCUGAUGGAGAGUUCACUUUUUAUAACAUACCAACAGGAUAUUAUACAUUCGAUGUUGAUAGUAAACAGCUGAUGUUUAGACAAUUCAGAUUGGAGGUCAAUGGUAAACAGGUGCGUGUAAAGAAUGAUAAUGAUACGUUGGUGCAGACACCGUUGUCUUUAAGACCAGUAGCCAUGCUCAACUUCUUUGAGAGACGUGCUCCUUUUAGAAUUUGGAACCUGUUAACAAGUCCAAUGGUGAUCAUGAUGGGUGUCACUGGUCUGCUUGCAUUCCUGAUGCCAAUGAUGACCAAGGCCAUCGAAGAGGACGAGGAGACAAAGGAAGCAUUCAAACAGAGUGGACCUGAGCCAAUCAAUCAAGCUCCUGAGUGGCCGACACUGAGUUUCACCAGACCUCAAGGUUCAAUUAAAGACAAGAAAUAG